ACAACCCUCUUACUGUAGUGAAAUAGUUCGAAUUGGCCGCGAUUGACGUUUUCCUUGUUUUGUAAUCAAACAUAAAAAUUGAUUUGCUUUUCUAAGAUACAAAUAUUUUAUCUUGGUGAUUACUUAAAUCUUAUCUUUAAAUUUAUUUACCUUUGUGUAUAAUACAAAAACUAAUUAAAUAUUACAAGAGAUCUAUAAAAAGAGUGUCGUGUUAGCAGGUAUUUACAAAAUAGUGUUUUUUUACUUUCGUGACACUAAUUCAUGUGACCAAUAAUGAACUUAUCCUUUGCUGGCUGUGGUUUCCUUGGAAUUUACCACGUUGGAGUUGCAGUAUGUUUCAAGAAAUAUGCUCCACAUUUACUAUUAGGAAAAUUAUCUGGAGCUUCUUUCGGUGCACUAUCAGCCUGUUGUCUUCUUUGUGAUUUGCCUAUUGGUGAGAUAACAAGUGAUGUACUAAGGGUGGUAGGAGAGGCUAGAGCAGGUUCUUUGGGGCCAUUCAGCCCUUCAUUUAGUAUUCAAAAUGUCCUUCUUGAAGGCAUGGAGAAGUACUUACCUCAUGAUGUUCAUAAAAAAGUCAGCGGAAAACUACACAUUUCACUGACAAGAGUGUAUGAUGGUCAAAAUGUGAUAGUAUCAGAAUACCCAACAAGGGAAGAUCUUCUGCAAGCGCUGCUAGCAUCUUGUUUUGUACCAGUAUUCUCAGGUUUACUCCCUCCUCGGUUCCACGGCAUUCGCUACAUGGAUGGGGGUUUCAGUGAUAAUUUACCUGUUUUGGAUGAGAACACAAUCACAGUUAGCCCAUUCUGUGGUGAAAGUGAUAUUUGCCCAAGGGACUUAAGUUCACAACUGUUUCACGUGAACGUAGCAAACACAAGCAUAGAACUAUCAAAACAAAACAUUAACCGUUUCGCUCGUAUUCUGUUCCCCCCGAAACCGGAAGUGCUCAGUAACAUGUGCAAGCAGGGCUUUGACGACGCCCUCCGGUUUCUACAGAGGAAUAAUAUGAUCUCUUGCACACGCUGUCUCGCCGUGCAGUCCACAUUCCAACUGCAAGAUGUAUUGGAUGACACGACCUUUGAUUUCGAUCCCGACUGUGAGGAAUGCAAAACACACAGACAGGAUGCACUAGUAGAUGAUCUACCUGACACAGUGAUGACAAUUUUCCAAAACGCCAUAGACUCCGCGAACAGUGGCCUAAUGAACUGGGUGAUGCGCCAACGUGCGAUGCGAUAUCUUUCAGUGCUCACACUGCCUUACAGAGUCCCCAUUGACGUCAUGUACGCUACCUUCACCAAAUUUGUAACAUGCACACCGAAAAUCAGCAAGUCUCUGUGGCGCCUGAGCUGGAAUCUUCUGCAACAGAUGCAUGGAUUCAUGUACGCCGCGCACGACAAAUCGGAGGCCGCCGCCCAGAUAUACUACAAGCUUACCAUGGACUCCAAGAAAGAUGGAAAUGACGGCUACCAGUUAGAUAGGAGGCGUGCCAGCGAGUUCCGCAUAACGUACAGCGAUUUGCGCGGAGCCGCCGCGGACGAGACAGACACCUUCGAGCACAUCCUCAACGUGACGUCACACAACGACGCGCUCCUGGCGUACUACUACCUCGACAGCGACAACAAGAUGAAGAUGACGGAGAUAUACGAUGUGACGGACGCGGACACGGAGGCGGUGCAGUCGCAGACGGAGCGCGACCUCAACAAGCAGCUGGAGUUCGACAACGACUGGACAGCGGACCUUAUUGCCGACAACGACGAUCUGGACUACCAGGGCAUAGAGGAUGAGGUCGGCGCGGACGAGGAAUUCUCCGACCGCAACAUAUUCUCCGACCCGGAGAGCGAGUGGAGGGAGCGCUGCGAUUCCGACAGCUCCGACUCCGACACGGAGUCCGACCGCCAUCUGGCGAUCCGACACUGAACUGAUCACUGAACUAGCUAAAGAACAAGUACGUGACCACUCCCUCUGUUUUUACGCAAACAACCGCAACAUAUUAUAUAUCUGGAGUGCGAGUGGAGGGAGCGCCGCGAUUUUGACAGCUCCGAUCCCGACCGUCAUUUAGCGAUCCGACAUUGAACUACUAUCAACUGUUAACUGAUCUAUCAUUUGAAACAAGUUGCUGACCACUCCCGGUGUUUUGACGCAAAUAUCCGCCACUUAUUCUCGGAUUCGGAGAGCGAGUGGAGGAAGCGCCGCGAUUUUGACAGCUCCGAUUCCGACCGUCAUUAGCGAUCCGACAUUGAACUACUAUCAACUGUUAACUGAGCCAUCAUUUGAAACAAGUUGCUGACCACUCCCGGUGUUUUGACGCAAACAUCCUCAACAUAUUCUCUGACCCGGAAAGCGAGUGAAGAGAGCGCCGCGAUUCCGACCGCCAUUCAGCGAUCCGAGACUGAAUUAUCAUCUACGUUAACUGAACUACCAUUUGAAACAAGUACCUCAUCAUACCUGCUCUUUCUGUUAUGGAAACAAUUAAGCCUUGUUCCGACCGCCCGCUCGCGACUGAGAUUAACAAAUUGUGAAAACUCAAACAAGCCUUUUACUUUAAAGUAAAAGAAGAAAAUAUCUUCACCGAUUGAUUCUUCUUAUAGCACAAGCAUUCUGGAAAUGACAAGAUUUUCGUAUACCGCAGAUGCGCAUACGGCCUUGCGAUUUACAUUGAUAUCUUCAAACCGCGAUGCAAAAAAAGGAAUUUUGAUGUUGUUAAGUUUUAAAGUUAUUUAACAAUGUAGGCGCUGCACCGACCGAUUUUUAUUUAGAUGCGUGCGACCGAUUUGUCGGUAGUUUGUUAUCGGUAGUUGUUAUUGAAAAUCUUUGGAUAUUGUUGUAAUCUAUCAAUGGUGGACCCGAUAGCCCACAUUAGAUUAAUUGUACAGGCAACAUCACAUCUAUUUUGAAUUCUGUGUAAACCUAUUUUGGUGAAAAGAAAUUUAACAGUGUUGUAUAACCGGAGGUGCUAUUGAUUGUACUUACUUACGGUACGUGAUGUAUUAGUUAGUAUGUUAAAUCUAUUUGAUAAUCUUAAAAAUGUUAUUUCUCUUUAAAAAUACAGGAAUAUAAAUGUAUGUGUUGUAGUUCAGACGUUUAGCAAUAGAACGGCCAGUUUUAAUAAUUCCAGCUCCAAACUCCCGUAAGAGAUAGACGUACUAGAGCUAAGUUGCCAAGAUAUUUUUAAUAUUUAGAUUGAAAUAAAAGCUGUUUCUAAAGGCGAAAUCAGAAUAAGUUUACCUUUUACUGAAAGUUGAUAUUGAAACUGGCCGUAAAAUGACUUGUCAGGUAAUACUUUUUUUGUGUUCAGUGGUCCUUUUAGCUGUUUGAUUAUUUAGGUAACACAAAUACCAUGAUACUGAGCAUACCUAUAUUUUGUGUAUUUGUAACUGAUGGCGUAAUAAAAAAAAUAUAUUUGUAAUUGUUGUUGUUGGAAAUACUAAUCAAGGAAACAAUAACUAUUAAAACUGUUUUAAUUUAUUUUUAACAGUAAAGUUGGCUUUUCGGCAUAAUUUGCUUAUCACAAUUAAUUUAACGUUAAUCCUGAAACGGGAAUCAUUCUUUUUAAAAUGUACUUAAUGCAAGACAGAAUACAAGAUACCUGAUUGCGCCAAAGAUUUUAUAUUUUCUAAUCUGUUGAAAAUAUAUAAAUCUUAGACUCCAGACAGAAAAGGGAAUUUGUUAUUAUUAUAUCACUUAUCGAAUGUGAAUAUUGUUUGCCAAAUAUUUUCUUUACUCACUUUUUUAUAAUACUUACCUAAAUAAUUUUCUGGACGAUAUUAUAGUCCAACAGGUUUUUUUUCGCUGUAAUUGAGUAUAAGAAUGAGUGAAGUAAAUGUUAGAUUACAAAAUGACAAUUUGUCAAUGUUACCAUUAGUUACAGGGAAAAUAUAUUAAAAAUGUUAUAACGCAUACAAAUGGUUUAUCACUACGUUAUUUAUUUUUAAAAUAGGACUAGGUCAUGAAUAUUCACAGAUAUUAUCUUUUUUUCUAGGUUAUUUUAUGAAAUAAUUUGUUUAGUAAUUUUUAAAUGAUUACCGCUGUAUUUUAUAACUGUAUAUCACAAGUUAUAAUGGUUAAUACUUAUAUAUAUCUUCUGUAUGCAAUAGUCAGUUAAAACAGUUUUCUGACCGUCUGUUUAUCACUCGUAGGCCAUAAUCGCUUGAGGCCAACCCUUAAAAUAGGAGAAAAAUUCUACAAACUUUUGGCAUAAGUGCAAGCAAAUUAAGACUUACAAGUUCGCCAAAUUGUUGACAGUUGUAGACAAAGCCGAGAAAAGACUACAUUAAAAUACAAAUAUUAGUAUAUUAAAGCAAAACAUAAUUAUUAAGCGCUCUUAUAACAAUGAAGCUUAAUUGAUAUACAAGGAGUUCCCACAAAAAUCUGUGUGCCAGCCAACUAAGACCACAACUACAUACUUUAAAAAAAUAACGAUUAUGUUCUAGGGAAGUUGCCGUAUUGUUACCUACUCAAUAUAGUUACCUGUUUAAUAUUUAAGGAAUGUCAGUUAAAUAUCAAAUAUGUAAAUGAAAAUACUUGCAUUUACACAAAAAAAAAUAUUAUGGGUGAAGAACCUGUGAAACAUUAAUUAUUGCGUGUUCACCUAAUACCUAUUUUAUAUACUUCAAUAUUUUGUUAUUUAUACGAUGCUAAAUAUAUAUUUAGAAAGACAACUUUAUUUGGUCUAUGUUUACAAUUUGAAAAAUACUCAUUGUUUUUGUAAAUUAAUCCAAAUAAAACACAGGUUCAGUAAGACAUUUAAGUUGAUGCUUCCAUUAAAGUUAAAUUUGCAAUAUUUUUCAAGGUUAGUCAAUUGUUAUUGUGUUGAGUUAAUCCAUAUUAAUAUUAUAAAUACCGCACCAAAAACCGCUGAACAGAUUUUGAUGUAUUUUGCUAUUAAACAAGGCCUGCCUAGUAAGAAGAAAAAUAUAUUAGUAAGGACAUUUCGCCGAUGUAAUAAUUGAAGGUACGUCCAGUCCUUAAUUAAGGGUUAAUAAAAAUUGCCGAAAUAUGCUGAUGCGAAUUUUGUUCGUGUUUUAGAUAUAUCAUUUGCUCUAUCUAUACCUUAUCUAUACAAUAUUAGUUUUGUACAAUCACGUGUAAAAAUAUUUAUAUUCAUAUAAGAUAUCGUGUGCCUUAUUCCGUUAUAAGAAGAGUUAAACGUGUAUUUAUAUUUUUACACAUGACGUUGUAGUUUUAUAUAAGUUGAUGUCACAAAUACUAUAAUGUUUUAAUUUUUAAUAAACUGUCUAAAUAAUAAUUGUUAUGUUUUAUUUAUAUUUCAAAUUGAAAUUCUAAUAAUGGCAUGAAUUUGGUGCAAUUUCAUUGGAAACUGCAAUCGCAUUUUAAGGA